AUGACGACUGCCAACCAAACUGACACGCCUAUCCUGGAGGUGAAAGACCUCCACGUUUCUAUCGACGGCCAGGAGAUAUUGCGCGGCGUUGACUUGACGGUACGCCCCGGAGAGGUGCAUGCCAUCAUGGGGCCCAACGGUUCCGGCAAGAGCACACUGGCCAACACGCUGGCGGGCCGGCCCGAGUAUACGGUCACCAGCGGCAAAGUCCUGUACAACGGCGCCGACCUGCUGAAGAUGCAGCCGGAGGACCGAGCCCGUGAAGGUAUGUUCCUGGCGUUCCAGUAUCCGAUUGAAUUGCCCGGCGUGCGCGCCUGGCAGUUCCUCAAAGCCGCCAUUGACGCGAAACGCGUGCAUCAGGGCGAAGAAGAAAUGGGCGCUCGUGAGUUCGACCGCCUGCUGCGCUCCAAGGUGGAAGAGGUCGAGAUUGAUCCUGAAUUGGUGCGCCGGUCGGUCAAUGAAGGCUUCUCCGGUGGUGAAAAGAAACGCAACGAAGUGCUGCAAAUGGCGCUGCUGGAACCCAAACUGGCUCUGCUGGACGAAACCGACUCCGGAUUGGAUAUCGACGCUCUGCGUAUCGUAUCCGACGGCGUCAAUCGCCUGCGGCGGCCGGACAAUGCGGCCGUUGUGGUUACCCACUACCAGCGCAUCCUCAACUACAUCAAGCCCGAUUACGUUCACGUCCUGGUGGAUGGUCGCAUCGCGUUGAGCGGGGGCCCGGAACUCGCCGAGCAACUGGAAGCCCGGGGCUACGACUGGGUGCGCGAAGGCGUGGAUGCCGCCAGCGGGUAA